AUGCAAAUCUGGAGAGAGGAGGUUUUCGGACCCGUUCUUUGUGUUAAAACAUUUAAUAGCGAAGAUGAAGCCCUAGAACUGGCAAAUGACACCGUAUCUCUGCUUUCUUUUGGGGUGUUUUAUGGUUUCUUCUCUUCCCUUCUUGUCUGGUCCAGUUAUGGUUUGGGAGCUGCCGUGAUAUCAAAUGACCUGGAAAGGUGUGAUCGUAUUAGAAAGCAACUCCAAGCCGGCAUUGUGUGGAUCAAUUGUUCACAGCCAUGCUUCUGUCAAGCUCCAUGGGGUGGCAACAAACGCAGCGGCUUUGGUCGCGAACCCGGCGAAUGGGGACUGGAGAAUUACGUGAGCGUGAAGCAGGUUACGCAGUAUAUAUCAGAUGAACCGUGGGGGUGGUAUAGCUCUCCAUCGAAGCUGUGAGAAGUCUCUGUGCAAUUCCAAUAAACCAUUGAAGAAGGAGAAAAGAGGAAGUAGUACUUUGUGAUGUGUAUGAUUUAAAAUUUUUAAGGGUAAACUACACGUUUAGUAUCCA